AAGAUCUUCCAGCGCAGCAGCAGCUCCUACACAUUGCAAGUAUGGCCGGGGACAGUGAGACACAAUUAAGGGACCGUGGCGAAAACGCCGACGUUGUUCGACAACCCUUCCUCAUCGGUGUCUCCGGAGGAACCGCCAGCGGCAAGUCGUCCGUAUGUGAGAAGAUCAUGGAGCUGCUGGGCCAGAACAAGAUCGACCAUCACCAGCGGCAGGUGGCCAUCCUCAGCCAGGACAGCUUCUACAAGGUGCUAACUCCAGAGCAGAAAGCAAAGGCACUUAAGGGCCAGUUCAACUUUGAUCAUCCAGAUGCCUUUGACAACGAGCUGAUCCUGCAAACCCUCAGAGAGAUCCUGCAGGGGAAGACGGUCCAGAUCCCAGUUUAUGACUUUGUCAGUCAUUCCAGGAAAGAGGAGUUUGUUACAGUGUAUCCGGCCGAUGUGGUCCUGUUUGAGGGCAUCCUCAUGUUCUACUCACAGGAAAUCAGAGACCUGUUCCAGAUGAAGCUGUUUGUUGACACAGAUCCAGACACACGGCUCUCACGCCGAGUUUUAAGAGACAUCAGUGAGCGUGGUAGAGAACUGGAGCAGGUGCUGGCUCAGUACAUCACUUUUGUGAAACCUGCCUUUGAGGAGUUCUGUUUACCAACAAAGAAGUAUGCAGAUGUGAUUAUUCCACGAGGAGCAGAUAACCUUGUGGCCAUCAACUUGAUAGUACAACACAUCCAAGACAUUCUGAAUGGUGGACUAAGCAAGCGUCACAGUGGCUGCAUGAACGGCCACAGUACGCCACGUCAGCGACGCACCUCAGAGUCCAGCAGCCGGCCUCAUUGACCUCGUCGCACCUCUCUUCACAGGGCGGAGAGGGGUGUCGGGUUGCGCUGUAAAUAAUGCCUGUUGGCAUCCUUGUAUUUAAGAGAUGCAGAAAGAAUUGAAAUGCCUUUUAUUAUUAUGACUACUCUUGUUAUUAGUAACUUUCAUUGUAAUUGUUGAAUUUGGGAUUUAGAUUUUUGUCAGGAGGGUAUGAGCGACACUCUUAUGAGACCAUGGGUUAAAAUUGACCUCUUGCAUUUUGCUCCUGGUUUGCAUUUUGUUUUGUAGCCUCUGCUGCUCCAUGGAAAUUCAUGUUGCCAAUGAAUAAAAGAGGGGAAUCCUUUUACUU